AUGUUGCCACUGCCCACCGCGGGGGCGGUCACCGCCGCAGGGGUAGCGGCGCCCCUCAGGUCUCGUCCGCUCCGCCUCAUCGCGACUCGAGCCGCCAGUACCCCUUCUUCUCCCUCUACUUCCACCUCGGCCAUAUCCAGCGCGUCACCAGCGGGGCAUUCCCGCAAGCACCUGUCGGGCAGGGACGGCUCCCCGUCGAAGCCCACCAAGUCCCGGGUGUUCUUCCUCGACGUCAAUCCUUUAUGCUUCCGCGGCUCCCAGCGCAGCCUCGGCGCCUUUGCGCGCUGGCUGGCGCUCUUCUUCGCACACGUUUUGGACGGGGAAGGAGGGAACGAGUACCGGAGGCGGUUGCUGCCUUCGUACAAGGCGCAUAGGGCUCGCGGCGUUGGCACUGGCGCUGACACGCGCGUCGUCAACGUUCUCCGCGAAUGCAAUGUCCCGGUUGUAAGAGUCGAUGGAUAUGAGGCUGAUGAUGUGGUGGCUACCUUGACAGAACAGGUUCUACAGAAAGGUUACAGAGUUGUCAUUGCCUCACCAGAUAAAGACUUCAAGCAGCUGAUAUCUGAUGAUGUUCAGUUAGUCAUGCCCAUUCCUGAGAUUGGCCGAUGGUCGUUCUAUACAUUAAGGCAUUAUGUCGCUCAAUACAAGUGUGAUCCAACUGCAGACUUAAGCCUUAGGUGCUUCAUGGGUGAUGAAGCAGAUGGUGUUCCAGGAAUCCAGCACUUGGUUCCGGGAUUUGGUAGAAAGACUGCAGUGAAACUACUGCAAAAACAUGGUUCAUUAGAAAACUUGCUAAACACAGCUGCAGUUAGAACUGUUGGCAAAGAUUAUGCCCAGGAUGCUCUCACUAAGCAUGCAGAUUACUUACGGAAAAAUUACAAAGUUCUUAGCCUGAAGAGGGAUGUUGAUGUUCAGUUUGAUGAUAGUUGGUUAUCCACGAGGAACACAAGCAAUGACACCAAUGUUCUAGCUGACUUCAUCCUUAAAUUUAAUAGCGAAGGCAGAAGCUAA